AUGGUGAUGUUUUGGUGUCGGACUAAACAAUCACAGCUCAGAAGCCCUAAAACCAAUACAAAGCUACCCAAUAAUACCUUCAUUUUUCUCGAUUCUCAUUCAGAGGUAGCCCUGGCUUCGAGCCAUCGGAUGAUGCGUCUCCCCUGUCAUUUAAGGGACUCACUGCUUCAUGAAAUAGAACUCGGCAUUCUUAAGGUUUUAGAAAAUAAAGAGAUCGAGAAAAUGAUUCUCUCAGAUAUUUUCUGCAGAUGUGCUUUUUUGUCAAAUUUCCUGUAUGGUUCGUAUGUUACAAGGUUGAAAGAAGAAAAUUUUCUUUCUUCUCCAAAGUUGGUCAUGAAUGUGUUGGAAUUGGAAUUGGCUAGCAUAUUUGGCGGAUUGUUGGUGAUUAGUCAUAAUGUAACUUUGGGACUUGAGAAACAAAGGCAGAUGAUCUUCUUCUUCAGAAGAAGAUCGAUACCAACAACUUUUGGGGCGAAGAGAGGAUUUCCCGCUUCACAUGUUGGUUUCUCUGUUAUCAUACCUGGUGUUUGGGUUCCUUCCACCGAUUGUAUCUGGGUUUUCAUUCCGUUUGUAUUUGCGGUUCAAGUUUUGGUGAUUCUCACUAAUGUUUCAGGAAUUUGCCAAACACUGAUGGUAGACUCGUUUGCUUACCUACCUCCUAACUCAAAGCAUCACUUUGAGAGUUAUGAAUCUUCUACACUUGUUGUAUUUGAAAAAAAGUUUCAAACUGAGAAGAAGCAUUCAGAUUGUCUGGAUGUCUUAAGCGAGACACAUAACAGAGCCUCAGAUCAAAAGAUCCAGAUUGGUGCUGAUCCGGGUGAUGGUUACACAAAGCACAUUUUUAGAGGCUAG